GCCGGGGAGCGGAGGGGCAGGCUCGGGCAGCUCCCCGGCGGCUCUCGCGGUGAUAAAACUUAAGAAAUAACAAGGAGGGGCGUCUCGACGUCUCCUGGGUCCAAUCCCAUCUCAGGAGCGAACACGUUCCCGGGCAGGCAAGCGUGAGAGAGGCCGAGGCGACUUAAAGACGAGCAGCGGCGAGAAGCGCUCCUCUCGCGCCGCUGCACCCCCGCGGGCUCUCGCCUCUCGGCACCCCGUGUCCUCCUUCCCCGGCCGCGCGCCCCGAUGGCGGCCUCCGGGCCCCGGAGCUCCGUGCGCGGAGCCCUCUGCAGGCUGCUGCUGACCCUCGUGGUCUUCAGUUUUACUUGUGAAGCCUGCAAAAUGGUGACAUUUAAUAUACCUUCUAAACUAGAGGCAGACAAAAUGGUCGGCAGAGUUAAUUUGAAAGAGUGCCUUGGGUCUGCAGACCUCAUCCAGUCCAGUGACCCUGAUUUCCGAGUUCUAGAUGAUGGGUCGGUAUACACGGCCAGUGCUGUUGAGUUUGAUGAGAAAAGAUCAUUCACCAUAUCGCUUUCUGAUACGAAGAAACAGACACAGAAAGAGAUACCUGUGCUCCUGGAACAUCAGAAGAAGGUGCUGGGGAAAAGACAUCCUAAAGAAACUGUUCUCAGGCGUUCCAAGAGGAGAUGGGCACCUAUUCCCUGUUCAAUGCAAGAGAAUUCCUUGGGCCCUUUCCCUCUGCUUCUUCAACAAGUUCAAUCUGAUGCAGCACAGAACUAUACCAUCUUCUACUCAAUAAGUGGGCGUGGAGUUGACCAAGAACCUUUAAAUUUGUUUUUCAUAGAAAAAGACACUGGAAAUCUGUAUUGUACUCGGCCUGUGGAUCGUGAAGAAUAUGAUGUUUUUGAUUUGAUUGCCUAUGCGUCCACUGCAGAUGGGUACUCAGCAGACUUACCUCUCCCACUGCCCAUCAGAGUGGAGGAUGAAAAUGACAACCACCCUAUUUUCACAGAAGCAGUUUAUAAUUUUGAAGUUCCAGAAAGUAGUAGAAUUGGUACUACAGUGGGCGUGGUUUGUGCCACAGACAGAGACGAACCAGACACGAUGCAUACACGCCUGAAGUAUAGCAUUUUGGAGCAGAUGCCAAGGUCACCUGGGCUCUUUUCCGUGCAUCCCAGCACAGGCGUAAUCACCACAGUCUCUCCUUAUCUGAACAGAGAGGUUGUAGACAAGUACUCAUUGAUAAUGAAAGUACAAGACAUGGACGGUCAAUUUUUUGGAUUGAUGAGUACAGCAACUUGUAUCAUAACAGUAAAAGAUUCAAAUGACCAUAUACCCACUUUCAGACAAAAUGCUUAUGAAGCAUCAGUAGAGGAAAAUACAGUCAAUGUGGAAAUCUUACGAAUGCCUGUAGAAGAUAAGGAUUUAAUUCACACUGCCAAUUGGAGAGCCAAUUUUACCAUUUUAAAGGGCAAUGAAAAUGGAUAUUUCAAAAUCAGUACAGACAAAGAAACUAAUGAAGGUGUUCUGUGUGUUGUAAAGCCACUGAAUUAUGAAGAAAACCGUCAAGUGAUCCUGGAAAUUGGAGUGAGCAAUGAAGCUCCAUUUACUAGAGAUGUUGCACUCAGAAUGACCACCAUGAGCAGAGCCUUGGUCACAGUUCAUGUGAGGGAUCAGAAUGAAGGGCCUGAAUGCACCCCUGCAGCCCAAUAUGUACGAAUUAAAGAAAACUCAGCAGUCGGGACAAAGAUCAAUGGCUAUAAAGCAUAUGACCCUGAAACUAGAAGUAGCAAAGGCUUAAGGUACAAAAAAUUGCGUGAUCCUAAAGAGUGGAUCAUCAUUGAAGAACUUUCGGGAUCAAUCACAACUUCCAAAAUUCUGGACAGGGAGGCCAUGACUCCGAGAAAUGACUUAUAUAAUAUUACAGUCCUGGCAAUAGACCAAGAUGGUAGAUCAUGUACUGGAACACUUGUAGUUAACCUUGAAGAUGUGAAUGAUAAUCCACCAGAAAUACCUCAAAAUGACCUAGUAAUUUGCAAACCCAAGAUGGGGUAUACUGACAUUUCAGCUGUCGAUCAUGAUGAACCUAUCCAUGGUGCUCCAUUUUAUUUCAGCUUGGCAAACACUUCUCCAGAAAUCAAUAAAAUAUGGACCCUCACCAAACUUAAUGAUACAGCUGCCCGUCUUUCAUAUCGGAAAAAUGCUGCAUUUCAAGAAUAUAAUGUUCCUAUUACUGUAAAAGAUAGAGCAGGUCAAUCUACGACAAAAACCUUGAGAGUUAAUCUAUGUGACUGUGUUUAUCCAAGUCAAUGUCGGGCGACUUCAAGGAGUGCAGAUGUAAUCCUUGGAAAAUGGGCCAUCCUUGCAAUACUACUGGGUGUGGCAUUACUUUCCUGUGUCUUGCUAACUUUAGUAUGUGGAGUUGUUGGUGUCAGAAAUAAGAAACAUUUUCCUGAAGAUUUAGCACAGCAAAACUUAAUUAUAUCAAACACAGAAGCACCUGGCAAUGAUAAGGUGUGUUCUGGCAAUGAGUUUAUGAUCCAGACAGUCAACAACUCCAGUCAAGGCUUUUGUGGGACUGUGGGAUCCAGAGUCAAAAAUGGAGGACAGGAAGCCAUUGAAAUGACGAAAGGAGGGCACCAGACCUUGGAAUCGUCCUGCGGGGCCGGACAUCAUCACACCCUGGAUUCCUGCAGGGGAGGACACGUGGAGACGGACAACUGCAGAUACACUUGCUCAGAGUGGUAUAAUUACACCCAGUCCCGACUUGGUGAAGACCCCAUUAGAGGACACACUGGUUAAAAAUUAAACAUAAAAGAAAUUGCAUCUAUGUAAUCAGAGCGAAAACCACAUGCCGUCUCAAGAUUAUGUCCUUUCAUACAACUAUGAAGGAAGAGGAUCUCCAGCUGGUUCUGUAGGUUGCUGCAGUGAAAAGCAGGAGGAAGAUGGCCUUGACUUUUUAAAUAAUUUGGAAGCCAAAUUUACUGCAUUAGCAGAAACAUGCACAAAGAGAUAACGUUGAAGUGCUACAAUUAGGCAUGUCUUUGCCAGACAUUCUGGAGGAUUCCAAAAGGGAUAUCGUAAAAUUCAAUUUCAAUUUCUAAUAUAUAUAUAUGAAUAUAUAUAACAGUUUUUCUAAAUUGUGAAUUGUGCUAUUUACCAAUUUGUAUUUUUAUAGCAAUUUGUUGCUUAUCUUUUCCAAGAAGUUUAAAACGUUAAAACGUAUUUUGCCUUUUUUACCACUGAGUACAAAGACAACUAGCAAAUCUCAUGCUGUAGCGCUAAAUUAAGGCCUAUAAAGGAUCUGCUCUCCUUUACAGAUAUUUUCCUAAUAAAUAUGUUGGGUAAAUAUUAGUCCAACAAUAGGUAAGCUGUGCAUGUUUGAAUAUAGCAGAACAGCUAUCUGGGCUAGAAAUUCUCUUCUUGUUCCAGAUUUAGAUUUAAGUGGAAUAGGAUUAUAUCAAACACUAUGACAAAUGAUGUUGGAUGUUUUAGUUCUAAAAACUCAGUAGCCCCUAAGACUACUAGAAUUUUGUUUUCGUUCUGGUUAGCAACAAGAUCAUGAAGAGUAGUCUUAUCUACUCGAUUGCUCUAGUAGGGUCUCAAAAAUACAUAGCCACAACUUGAAACUAUACUAGGAAAGUGUAGACCGAAAAUUUGUGUUGUUUUUAUGUUUUUGAAAGUGUGUUUUAUGGUUUACAAAACGAUUAUUAUGAGGAAUAUGUCUGUUUCCUUAUUCUCAAAAAACAAAACUAUAUUCACCAUACAGAGAGUUAUUGCCAAUAUUUUAAA